UUUCAGUUUAAACAUUCUUACAUUUACAAGGAGCCAAACAAGAAACAGGACACAGAUGUCUGCUACAGCGCAACCUUAAAACCAAUUUCAAUCGCUUGACUUGACUGGGCUGUGUGGCCACUCCGAUGCCCUAACAUGGGCUGCGCCUCCGAAGCUGCGAGAACGAGGACACAGCGCAGCAUCAACGGCGAUAAAUACAACAGCAAUACAAACAGCCACAUUGAGAGUCACCGCAACUGCAACAACAUCAACAACAACUGCUUUGACAGCUAUAAAAGUAGCGACAGCAAUAGUUUGGGUUUAUUGAGUUCAGGGGUGAUCUGUCAAAGCAAAGUUGACAGCGAGGAGGAGGCAACAAUUUCAAAAGAUAAUAACUGCCGACAACAAGCAGACACAACCACAGUUAGAGCAAUAGAAAAGGCACAAAAGCACCGAGGAGUGGCAAAAACACAAAGUGCUGAAGCGGAAGAGACUGAAAAGCAAAUACAAAUUGAGUGCGGCGAUAGUGAGCGCGUUGAAGCGGAGGCGGGUGGGAUUGCGGUUGAGAAAUUUCAGUGUACGGACGGACGUUGUAAAUUGCGCGCUAGAGCCUGUGAAAGCUGUCGCAUAAGUGAGGCUGAUACUAAUAAUAAUAGCAACACCAACAACAAAGAGAACAACGAAAAGGGAAGUGUUUGUACAAACUUUCGUCACACAGAAAGCGGAAGAAAUAAUUGUUGCCACCGACAGCUACCGCGAGAACAACUGCCGCGAACGCGUGUCGCGCUGCCGCCUCAAGCAAAGCAAGCAGAGCAAAAGCAAUUGCCAGAAAAUGAGUUGUGGUGUCGCGCAAGUAGCGAUGGCUUGGCGCUGCCAACGGAAACCGCUGCAAGGGCGUCUGCGACCGCCUCCGCUUUGGCGCGCACAAACUACUAUGGCGCCAUGACAGCAACAGCCACACAUAAUAUGGCUGCCACAAUGACGGCAGCAUGCAGCGGACGCAGUGAAAAUCUACAAGAGCUGUUGCAGUAUGCGCGCAGCACCCUUACCGACCGACUGGUUCGCCUGCGAGACUGUGUGAGCUACUACAUGGCGAAAGAGUUGGAUAUGUGCGCAGCAAAGGGGGAGGGGGAGAGUUUCGACGUUUGGGCAAAAGCGACGAGGCGGGGGCGGCGUACGCAACACAAUCAAGAGCAGCAGCAGCAGCAGCAGCGGAAGCGUUUGCAGAGUGAAUGCCUGCCACUGCAGUUAGCAUAUAAGCCACAGCGCCCGGAACAGCAACAGCAACAUCAACAACAACAAAAGCAACGAAGUGAUGUAGUGCUAGCUGCGAAGUGCUGCCGUCAACAGCAGCGUGAACAGCAGCGAGAGCUGCGUGCGACUUUAGGAAGACAAAGGGACGCGUUGACAUACUGCCACCACCAACAACAACACCACGACCACCAACAGCAAUUACGACAGCAGACACAAUUUCAGCAUCAACAAAUGCCAGUUAAUAAUAAAAAACAAAAACCACUCACAGCGUCACAAAUACAAAAACACCAUUCCCCACAACAGCAACAACAACAACAGCAACAGCCACAAAAGAAGCCGCAACAACCACAAAAACACCAACAGCAGCAGCAGCAACAGCAACAAAAGCAUCAACAACAGCGACAUCGCUUGCGUCGCGGCGUUCAGACAGUUGCGGCUGCCGCUUACGGCGCCUUCAGCUAUAUCGGUCACAAUUACUACCAUCUGCUGGGCAAUUCAAUUAGCUUCUAUGCCGCAUCUAGUGUUAUAUUAGUGCUCUGCUAUUUGACCACGACAACGGCAGCGGCUCAUUCGCCCGACAAGGCGCCAUUCGACAAGCAUCCCAUUCAAGGCAUCGAUUGGUCAAAAUUUGACGAGUCCAGCUCGGAUAAAGAAAUUUUGGACUUGUUGUUAGAGAAGAAACGAUACGAUAAACGUCUACUGCCACCAGUCAACGAUGAAGAUUUUUGCUGCGGUUUAUCUUCACCGGAUAUGGCCAAAGUCAGCAACUCCAGGAGGCCACACAACCGCGGUACUUUGACGGUAAAUGUGAAUGUAUUGUUGCUCAGUUUGGCCUCGCCCGAUGAGAGUAGUUUGAAAUACGAAGUGGAAUUUCUACUCAAUCAACAGUGGAACGAUCCACGUCUGCAAUAUGGCAACAAAUCGCAUUAUGACUUUUUGAAUGCGUUGCAUCAUCACGACAGCAUCUGGACACCGGACACCUAUUUCAUUAUGCACGGCGACUUUAAGGAUCCCAUUAUACCAAUGCAUUUCGCUUUAAGAAUCUACCGAAACGGGACCAUUACGUACGCAAUGAGACGCCAUUUAAUCCUAUCCUGCCAAGGUAGCCUACACAUAUUCCCAUUCGAUGAUCCAAAGUGCUCCUUCUCCAUGGAAAGCAUUUCCUAUGAGGAGGCGCAAAUCAAGUAUGUUUGGAAAAAUGACGAGGACACGCUGCGUAAGAGUCCCUCCCUAACCACAUUAAAUGCGUAUUUAAUAAAGAAUCAAACAACACCCUGCGACCAAAAUAGUUGGCGAGGGAACUACAGCUGUCUUAGGGUCGAUUUAAUAUUUACCAGAGAUCGUGCAUUCUAUUUCACCACCGUUUUUAUACCUGGCAUUAUCCUGGUGACGUCAUCAUUUAUAACAUUCUGGCUAGAAUGGAAUGCAGUUCCAGCUAGAUCGAUGAUAGGUGUAACAACAAUGUUGAAUUUCUUCACAACAUCAAACGGUUUCCGCAGCACACUGCCCGUCGUCUCGAAUCUGACCGCAAUGAAUGUGUGGGAUGGCGUCUGCAUGUGCUUCAUCUAUGCCUCGCUACUGGAGUUUGUAUGCGUUAAUUAUAUGGGUCGGAAGAGACCGCAACAUAAUGCCGUCUAUCGACCGGGCGAGAAUCCUGUCACACAGCGUCUUCCAGCGGUUCUAAGCAGGAUUGGAGUAAUUCUUGCAAGUCCUUUGGGCAUAAUCGAACGAGAAUUUCACGCUGCUUUGUCGUCUGAAAAGGCCACAAUGGGUGCAUCGAGCAGUACAACAACCGGCACCAGCAUACCAGUUACACCCACACCGAUGCAUCCCUACCAUGCUGAGUUGUCAUCGCCGACAACACAACCAACAUCGACACAAACUCCGCUGCCGCCACCACAAGCGGCCGCCGCUUUCGGCAUGAGUACAGUUGAUGCGCCGCGUAUACGUUGGGAAGAACAGCAUGGCGGUAUAAUAGGCGUCGCUAUGCAAAAUCUACGCGCGCGUUCCAUACGUCGACGUACACGCUCACCGGGCUCGGCAACAUCAGGCGGCAGUUCGUACGCCGAUACUGAGUCAGGACGCACCAGAACGCCAACUACAAUGUCCACAGUUAUAGAACCCGUCUAUACUGAGCCCACCUUUGUAGCGACCACUAAUGGCAACAUGCAACAGCAGCAUGAGACCACAGUUACGGUCGAAGUGGAGCCACAAGCAGCUAUACCACGACGUCGGAGCAUUUCUACCAAUACUCCACCGCUGAUAAUGAGCAGCAGUAGUAGUAGCAAGCAAACAACAGAAGCUGAGGAGGAUGCUCCUAGUGUUGCACAAACGGAUGCAUCUACGGUGGAAAUGCCACCGGAAGAUGGGAAGGACCAAGCGCAGUUGGAAGCGCAAGGUGUGGCCGAUGCGAGUGGCCAUUUACCGGUGAAGCCGCCGCGUCGCAAGCAAUCGCGCUCCAGUUCGCCAGUGCCAUUCUACGAGCAGGUGCAGGAAGGCGCCAAUGGUGUGGGUGGCAUAGCCGCUGAAACUGGUGAGAAGCGACGCGAUGUGCGCGCCCCCAACGAGAUCGUUGCCUGUACGACCUGUGGCGGUAGCAGCAGCCCGUGCACACACUCGGCCAACAAUGGAUGUGCAACAGAGACUUGCUUCGUCCAAGUGCGCAAAAAGGAGCCGCCACAUCCUAUACGUAUAGCAAAAACAAUCGAUGUCAUCGCUCGAAUUACAUUUCCAACCGCCUAUGCAAUUUUUCUAAUAUUUUUCUUCGUACACUAUAAGGGAUUUUCAUAAAAAUUAGUGCAAUGGAAAUCGAUUAGGCAACUAAAGGAUAAACUAAUUUACACACUUACAUAUACACGUACAUGAAUUUACAUUCUCACCAAAUCACACACACACACAAAGAACACACAGCGAAUUAGCAAAUUUAAUUAGUAAAAUUAAUUAGAGGAAAAAUGUUCAUAGCAUUAGUUAAAAGAACAGAUCUACAUAUAAAAAUUAUAUUAUAAGGAAAGAAGGAGUUGAAGUGAAGUGAAGCAAAUGAGUAGUCGCAAGGCAAAGCAAAAAUUAGAACAAACAAAAGCUUAAAUUGACAAAUUUUUAAACGAAGAAUGCAAAUAUUAAAACGACGCACUGAACAAAGGAAUCCAUAAAAGAAUAUACACCUACUUAAAUAGAAAUGAAAGCUUUCAUUAAAUUCAUAUGAAUGAUAAUUUUUAUUAAAUUACGAAGAAGGCACUGUAUUUGUGGAGAAUUAAGGUAUUAGCGAAAGAAAGAGAGAGAGAGAGAUAGAGAGAGAGAGGCAGAGUGAGGGAGGAGAAAGUGAGCUCUAAUUAAUUUAGAAUAGUUGGAAAAAAUUAAUACGAAUGAAUUUAUAAAUGUUUUUGGUUUUUCUUUAUGUGAACCUGAAUAGAAGGUCAAAUUUUGAUUAAAAUUAAAAAAAAACAAUAUUUAAAAAAAAUUUGUUUGA